AUGAUGUCUGAAACCGAAGCAAAUGGGAAUAUCGAAGCACAUACAACUGAAGAUGUUGAUGCAAAUGAUUUGUUAGAAGCAACAUAUGAAACUGAAGAAAUAAAAGAUGCAAAUGGUGAAUGUGAGGAAGAUGGACUGAACAAUGAAAGUAUUUUAGGAAAGGUUUUCGAUACAACUGAUGAUGCAUAUAACUUUUAUAAUGAUUAUGCAUUUGUACAUGGAUAUGGUAUACGUAUUCAUACCACAUGCAAAAAUAAGGGAACAAAUGAACCUUAUCGAAAAACACUUGUAUACGAUAAAGAGGGUUUUAAAUGGGAGGAUGGUAAUACAUCAAUUGGAAACGAGAAAAAACGUCGUAGAGAAGUUAGAAUCGGAUGCAAAGCAAUGUUUCGAAUUUCAAAAAAGAAAGAUGGGAAAUGGUUGAAACCUUCUCAAAUUAAAAAGGCUAUUAAUGCAAUGAAAACCUCAAAUGAAGUUGAUGUUACUUCAAAACAAUGUGUUGAUGUAUUAUCUGAGCAACGAAAACACAACAAAGGAAGGGAGUUUUAUGGACUAAUAAAACAUUUACAAGAUAAAGCCUUAGUGGAUAAUGAUCUGUAUUAUGUUGUGGAUUUGUACAGUGAUGGCUGUCCUAGAAAUAUUUUUUGGGCUGAUGGAAGAUCAAGAGAUGAUUUUACUAAAUUUGGAGAUGUUGUUGCCUUUGAUGUGACUUACAUGACAAAUAAAUUCAAGAUGCCUUUUGCUCCAUUUACUGGGGUGAACCAUCAUGGACAGUCUGUACUUUUUGGUGGAGCGUUGCUAGAAAACGAAAAGGAAGAAACUUUUGUAUGGUUGUUUGAGAAUUUCCUUAAAUGUAUGUUUAGCAAAGCACCUUCAACAUAUGUUGCUCGUUAUAGUGAUUUUCAAGAAUCAUAUAAAGAAUGGGUAAUGAGUGACACAAUUGAAGAAUUUGAAACUAGGUGGGAAGUUAUACGUGAUAAGUAUAAACUUGAAAGCAAUUGUUGGAUAACUGGUAUGUAUAACCAACAAGUACAUUGGGCUAAAGCCUUCUUAAAGGAUAUUUUCUUGGCCGUGCAAUAUGACAAAGCAGUUACUUCACGAAGGGCCGCCGAAGAAGAUGAAAAUUUCAAGACUAUGAACUCGAGGCCAGUUCUUUCCUCAAAACAUCCAAUCGAAGCAAAAGCAGAAAGGCAUGUUAACACACUUCCGAGUCACUACAUUUUACCUAGGUGGACCCUUAAUGCUAGGUACAAGGUGGGUAAACGUAGUAUCGGACUCGAAGAAAUGAAUAACGGAAAUGGGGUUAGUGCUUACACUUUAUGGUGUGUUCAUUCAGAUUUUAAUAAAGUAAUUGAACAAGCAAAAGACUCCCCUUCAGAAAUAGAAAAUGUCAAUAACGUAUUGAUAAAGCUAUUACAAGAUCAAGCAAUACAGAAAAAACCUUUACCAGUUGAGAACGUAUCUCAAGGUUCUUGUGUGAGAAUUUCACAAGUCGAUAUAAUGCCUCAAUUAUUUUUCGGGGAUCCUCUUGCUCCAACCAACACGAAAGGGUGUCCUAAAAUUGCUAGUAGAAUCAAGUCUUCUUUAGAAGUGCCAAAAAAACGAACAUGCUCUAAUUGUCAAGGAUUAGGUCAUUAUGCUACUAGUUGUUCUAAAAGAAAGGUGCGUAUAGUAGUAACUUACUUUGUCAUGAUUUUGUAG